CAUAGUGACAAGGUGUAUCUUUCUUUAUUUUUAUUGCAAUAUGUACUGUUUUCGAGGAAUUCUACUUGUACUGCAGUUAAUAUUAGGAAACGUUUUCACCGCGAACGGAGAUACUAAUAAAUUCGUUGAGUAUAAAAACCUUUGGUUGGAAAACCUGGCAAAAGCCGCACAAUGGACUCAGCCGACCGAAAAUUCCCAAUUUAAAAAUGUACGGCCCAAUGAGCGAUGCCAGCCAAUCGCACGCAGUUACGAUUUUGUGAUAGUCGGCGGCGGCACCGCCGGCAGUGUGCUCGCAAACCGACUCAGUGAAAAUCCACGCUGGGACAUACUUGUGCUGGAAGCCGGCGGCGAUGAGACGCCGUUCACCCUGAUUCCAGGUGCUUACCUGACAUCGUUGAGGUCGGAGAUGAAUUGGGGUUACACCACCGAGCCGCAAGUGAACGCAUGCCUGCAGAUGCCUGGGGGACGAUGCCCUUUGCCAAGAGGGAAAGUCUUGGGUGGUGAGUCGGCGAUGAAAGACGUCACCUACGUUCGUGGCAAUCUGAAAGAUUUUGAUUCGUGGGGACCAUGGUGGUCACAUAAUGCUCUCAAGUACUUUAAGGUUAUGGAAAAUGCCACGGCAUUAGACGUAGACAGAGCAGAUGAGAAAUACAGAGGGUCGCAUGGCCAUUUUCACGUAGAAUAUCCUAAGAAUCCAGGGCCGUUGACCAAGCAGAUAUUUGAUGGGUUCAAAGAUCUCGGUUUUGAUGUUCUUAAAGAUUACAACGGCGAGACACAGAUUGGAGUGGGUAAUUUGCAGGCAUAUACCAAAAAUGGAGAAAGAAGCAGCACAAAUCAAAGAUAUUUACAACCGAUUAUAAACCGGCCUAAUUUAAAAGUCAUAACAAAUGCUUUAGCCACUAAAAUUAUUUUCAGUAAGAAACAUCAUGACCGGAAAGCACAGCAAUUAGAAUAUUAUUAUAAUGGCUCUUGUUACUCUGUCAAUAUUACCAAGGAAUUACUACUAACAAGUGGGCCUAUCAACACCCCGCAAUUACUAAUGCUUUCUGGCAUUGGACCAGAAGCUGAACUAAAGCGCCACAAUAUCCCGCUAAUCUUGAACCUAUCAGCGGUAGGCCAGCACCUCGAAGAUCAUUUGUCAAUUCGUGAUUUCACUUUUCAAGUAAACAAAUCCUUCGGAUAUGGAAAAUUUGACGAUGAGCUCAAGUCAUAUCUGGAAGACGGUCGUGGCUGCCUCGCCGAGCCACUCGCCCGACAAGUCUCAUUCGUUAAUACCCGGUGCCCCAACAGCGCAAACCCAGAUUUUGAAAUGAUGUUUGUGGAGGCCAACCCGCAGCUUUAUUACCCUCCCGCAAAUCUCAGCGAGCCACACACCCUCAUCGAAUUUUCCGCGCAAAUACUGCUGCUGCAUCCACGAUCCAGGGGAUCAAUCAGCCUGAAGUCAAACGAUCCCACCGAUUAUCCCAUCAUCGACCCAAAGUAUUUGCAGUCGCGGCACGACAUGCUUGCGAUGGUUCGCAUACUACGCUUCAUGAAGAAUCUCGAGCGCACGAAGAGUUUCCGGAAGAUGAACGCAACCAUCGUAGGUUUAGUUCCGGAUGCAUGCCAAAAUGAACAUUUCAACAAGGAUCCGUUCGAAGAUGACGAGCUGCUCGUCUGCAUAAUCAAACAUAAAACCGCACCGAUGCAGUGGCGGAUUACGUCGUCUAGUGGCCUGUGUAUACCAAAGCCUCAAGAGCAUGAUGGCAAGACAUUUGCUACGUGUCAGUGGUGUGGUUUGUACUUCGGUACAAAGAAGAAAGUCAAAAAACACGUAAAUUCAUGUCACAAGCAGUGUAGAAAUAUUAAUAAUAGUGUAGAGAUGCACAAUGUUCAUCCUUCACGCAUUCUCACGCGACGAUCGAACGGCAGAUCGAGAGAAAUUCUCUGCGUUGUGCGUGAAAAUGAUGACACCGAGUGGUUCGAUGGAAGCGACGUGGAUUUUCAACAAAACAUAGUGCCAACAACUGACCUGCAAGAUGCCUAUCCAGUUGUUAGUGUUGAAGAAAAAUCCGCCACUGCACCGAUGCAUCAUCAGAUCGGCACGUGUAGAAUGGGCAGAGACAGGAAGAAGGACUGUGUUGACGAGGACCUCCGAGUUCACGGCGUACGAAAUCUGCGUGUGGUUGAUAGCAGCGCGAUACCGAAAAGCACAUCCGGGCAUACCAUCCCGGUUGUCGUAUUGAUGGCGGAGGCAGCGGCAGAUUUUAUAAAAGCGACCUAUUAAAGGAUUUCUGCCAUAACAUUACAUAACGCGGGCGUGAUUAAUCAAUUUUCAAAUUUUCCGGGAUACACAACCCAGCCACAUUGUAUAUGAUACAUGUCAGUAACAUUGGCCCAUUGACUCCGUAACCUGUUCACACAGAACGACCACGUCGGCGUAAGCAAUUAAUUUAUACGCAAUGAAAUGUGCGCUACGUAAUCAAUCUAUCAUUACGUCCACGUUAUUGGAAGUUAUUAUGAAAUACGACAUACGCUUGUCACGGUUGUGAUAUAUUCUCCAUCUAAUUAUCCAAAUAUUACCAUUAAAAUGUAUGCAGAAGAUUUUAUUUUAUUGCUAUCAAAAAUAAUA